AGCAACUUCGUGGUGUUGAAAACAUUGUUGAGACAUUCCGAAGAGAAUAAAGGCGCAAAAACCGGACUGGGAAAAUUCUAUCGUCUAAACAAUAUUUUUAAGUAAGGGGUAGGAUUGCUGACACAUUUUUAUCGAGGAAGAAGAGAUGUUUAAUCAGACGAGCACAUUGGGAGCUGUUGCACCGAGCAACUCGAACCCCAUGAAGGAUUUCGAGGUGGUUUCACCCCCAGAGGACUCAACCUCGAGUCUGGCCUUCAGUCCAGCCUCGAUUCCCCAGAAUUUUCUAGUGGCUGGGUCCUGGGACUGCAACGUCAGGUGCUGGGAGGUCGAACAAUCUGGAAAAACUGUCCCCAAGUCGAUGCAGACGAUGGGAGGACCAGUCCUAGACGUCUGCUGGCACGAUGAUGGAACUAAAGUAUUUAUGGCCUCAGUCGACAAAAUGGUGAAAUGCUGGGACUUGGCAUCGAAUCAGAGCAUCCAGGUUGCUGCCCACGAAGCCCCAGUGAAAACCUGUCACUGGGUCAAGGGUUCCAACUACUCCUGUCUCAUGACAGGCUCCUGGGAUAAAACCCUCAAAUUUUGGGAUGCCAGGAGUCCAAAUCCCAUGUUGACUAUUAAUUUACCAGAACGAUGCUACUGCGCUGACGUUGACUAUCCAAUGGCAGUGGUUGGAACUGCAAGUCGAGGCCUAAUAAUCUACCAAUUGGAUGGCACCCCUCACGAGUUCAAGAGAGUCGAGUCUCCUCUGAAAUACCAGCACCGUUGCGUCGCGAUAUUCAGGGACAAGAAGAAAGUACCAAAUGGCUACGCUCUGGGCAGUGUCGAGGGUCGAGUUGCUAUUCAAUACGUCAACCCCACAAAUCCCAAGGACAAUUUCACAUUCAAGUGUCAUCGGUCGAACGGAGCACCAAACGGCUACCAAGACAUCUACGCAGUCAACGAUAUUGCAUUCCACCCUGUUCAUGGGACUCUGGCCACUGUAGGGAGCGAUGGGACCUUCAGCUUCUGGGAUAAAGAUGCGAGGACUAAACUAAAACCUUCAGAACCCAUGGAGCAACCCAUUACACGUUGCUGUUUCAACCAUAAUGGACAAAUCUUCGCUUACGCCGUUUCUUAUGACUGGUCAAAGGGCCACGAAUUCUACAAUCCAAUGAAGAAAAACUACAUCUUCCUCAGGUCAUGCUAUGACGAGCUCAAGCCAAGGAGUAUCUCAUAAAACAUUCACUUUCUUCUAUUUUAAUUUUUAUCAUGAUGUUCAAAUAAAUCUUUUCAUAUUGCAAAA